AUUUGUUACGUCAUACAAGGAAGUAAACAAAGAGCCGAACGUUUCUAAUUAAACGUUUGAACGUGCGUCAGAAUGUCGAUUUCUAACCCAAGACAAGUGUUUUCAAACCCGUCGAUCCCUUUCGCGGGCACCAUUCUGGGUGGUUUACUGCCCGAGGAGAUGGUCCUGAUCCAGGGUUCGGUACCAUCUGGUUCUGACAGGUUCCAGGUGGAUUUUACGUGUGGCAGCAGCGUGAAGCCGCGGGCCGACGUGGCGUUUCACUUCAACCCCAGACUGAAGAAGAAGCGCAUCGUCUGCAACACGCUGGAGAAGGAACGCUGGGGCAGCGAGGAGAUCCUUUAUCAGAUGCCUUUAAAAGUCGGAGCUGCAUUUGAACUCAUCAUCCUGGUCCUGAAGGACAAAUACAAGGUUGCGGUAAACGGAGCGCACGUGUUGGAGUACAAACACCGCCUGGAUCUGAACCGGGUCGACACCAUCCUGAUCUCAGGGGCAGUCGCAGUUCAGGCUGUGGCCGUUCUUCCUCCUGCUUCUAGUCCCGCCUCUCCUGCUUCCAGUCUGACCAGCUCAGACUCUGAGGCGAUUCUCUCAUUCAAAGAUCUGAAAGUUCCCUUCAGAGGGCGGCUGGAGAAGGGGUUAAAGGUCGGACACAGCCUCAUCAUCAAAGGACAGACGAGUUCGAAUGCAAACAGUUUCGGCGUUAACCUGCGCGACGCCAGCGGCCGUGACAUCAUCCUCCACCUGAACCCUCGCAUGGCCAAACGAGUCUUCAUCAGGAACUCGCUCCUGUCCGAGUGCUGGGGCGCCGAGGAGUCGGACCUGGAGGCCUUCCCCUUCGCGGCAGGGGAGUACUUUGAGAUGAUCGUCCGGAGCGACGCGCGGCACUUCAGGGUCGCCGUCAACGGAUGCCAUCAGUUCGACUACAAGCACCGAGUCCAGGACCUGAGCGCCGUCGGCCAGCUGGAGGUGGUGGGAGACGUGACGCUGAUGGACGUCCGGAUGAUCUGACCCAGAAACACGAAACCACUCACCGUAAAACCGGGUUGUCCAAACCGGGUCGGGUGUUUACGACGGCGCCGGCAGAAGAAAAGGAGCAAAAUACAGCCAAAAAAACUCAGAAACGUUCCGGAAACAAGAUUGGAAAUUUUCCUGGUUUUCUGUAAAUUUCCCAGAAUUUCAAAAGUUUAACAUUUAUCAGUAAAGAACUCAGGUUUUAAAAUUACCCUAAAAAAAAUUUGGGUUGAAAAAAACGAGAAAAUUCGAGUUUUCAGUCAAAUAAUUUUUGACUUUCCAAACUUUUCCACUUUUUUUUUCUAUGACAAUUUCUGAUAUUAAUCUCAAAAUUCCAGUUUAGUUCUGUAGUGGAAAUGGUCAUGUUCAUGGACGUUUCUAUUCUUAAAGAGGAUGAAAUUAUCACAUUAUUCUGUAGCCAGUAGUUACUUUCUUAAAAUAGAAAAUAUUGGCUGCCAAAAGGCUGUUUGAAUAAAUAAUUUACACGUCCCUUACUGAAUUACUGGUUUUGUGUAAUUCAAAUAUUUUAUGCUUAAAUUAUUGAAUAAGGUUUAUUUCUUGUUUCGAUGACAGAAGUUUGGACACCCGGCCUUGAAGCCUGUCUGACGCCUCUGAUAUUCUAUCAUUAAUAUUAAUUAAUUACUGCAGUGAUUUCUGGAUCAAUGUGACGAAUUGAAGCCAAGAGUGAAGUAAUCCUAAUGCUUGAUUAUUUAUAACAUUGAAUGUUGUAUUAUUACUGUCCUCUUACAGAGGAAGAGAAUUGCUCUUUUGCACUUUAGAAUGUAAAGAGAAGAAAAUAUGGUUGAUUCAUGUGGAUAGAUUUUGUUUGUAAUGUUCAGACUGUUGGAAAAAUAAUCUGCUAAAAUUAAUCUGACAUGCUGUGCUAAUAAAACUUUACUA